AUGGAGAAGCUAUAAUUUAAGUGCAAUAUUCACCCUAGCUACGACAUAAACUUAAUUAGAUUUCAUAAAGACAUCUCUUAAGUUCUUUCAUGUGCUUGCUGUAUUGAAGAAUAAGAUGAUUUAGCAGGUGUAACUUCAAUCAGCUUUUAGAAAAUGAUUGAAGCGACUUAAUAAACUUAUUUCUAUAAUUGGCCACCUUAUGAAAAAGAAGUAUCUUAACAGCUAAAAUAGCAACUCAGCAAUUUCUUUACCAAAAUGGAUGAUAUGAAUUAAAAAAUGAUAAAUGAUGUCAUGAGUUUUUUCUAGGAUCUUAGAGAUCAAAUAGAAAAGAAAAUAUCUUCUGUUUAAUAGAAAUGCAUAAAAUUUAUUUAACAAUAGCAGGAACAAGAAAGCAAUUUGGUGAAGGAAUACAAUAAUAUUUCAAGAAAACUAGAUAUAUAGAAAAUAAUUAAUGAUGAUUCUAAAUCUAUCUUUUAGAAGAAUUAAGAGUUGAAGAAAAUAGUUGAUGAUGCACUUGAAUAAAAACCAAAAAAUACCCAAAAGAUCUAGAAAAUAGCAAAGCAAGUAGAAUCAAACUAGCAAUUCAAUUUAAGCAUGCUGGAAAGAGUUAAAAGCUAAAUUCUCAGUAACUUAGAUUUAUUUAAUAAAUAAAUGGAUAAUCAGCAAAAUAAGGAUUAUGAUUUGCAAUAGCAAAUAAAUAUGUCAAGUCUUUCGCAAAUAUUGAGAAAUCAAUUCAAUUAAUUUUCUAUUUCUUUCAUAGACUCGUUAGAAUAAGCGAUUUCAUCUAACUUUUAUCUUUUCUCAGAAAUUUUUUAGCAGCCAAUAUUUAAGAAAGAAUAUAUCAAUAUUAACUAUGAUAGCUUAUAAGAUCAUCAUUAUACUGACAUUCUCAAGCUAGCAUAAUUAAUCUCUCAUUUGCCUAAUAACAAAUCUAAAUAAAUUUAAUCAUAUAAAAAGACUCAUAAUCUAAUAAAUAAUUUCUUGAAUAGGGCGUCAUAAAAAUAAUCAGUGUAAAAUUUGUUGAUGAGAUAUCCUAUUUUUGAAUUGAUUCCAGAAGUCUAAGAAAUAAAUGAAUAAAAAAUUCAAUUAUUAAAAUCUAACUACAACCAAAGUGCCUAAUUGUUUUAAAUUUACAACUUGGACACACUAUAUCCUUAAGUAGACUACACAAAUUAAUAGUUGCAAGCGUUUUGUGAUUUUAUUAUAAAUCCAAGUCUUAAAUAUAUUUUUAAAAUAGAAAUAUCAUAAAGUGCUAAUAGGCAAAAUUUAUAAUUUGGAUUUGGACUUGGUAGAGACACUCUAAUUAAUCAUAACUUAUAUGAAUAAAAGCUGAUGUACUUUUCUGAUGGGCAAUGGGGUGUUGACAAAGUUGUUAAAGGAUAAAAUUUAACUCAAUAGGAAAUAUCUAGAAACAUACAUUUUUACACAAUUAAAUUGUGUAUAUUAGAGAAUAUUUUUGAAGUCUUAGAUUCAGUAGAAAAUAUUAAUGUAGUUUCCAUUAAUUAAGAAAUCACAGACAUUUCUAAGUUCAAAGAUUUAAGAUUCUUUGUAAAUAUGUGCUCUAAUUAUAAGAAAGGUGACUGGAUUAGAAUUUAAUAAAUUGAAAUAGUCAAAUAAUUUAUUUGA